AUGGAUACCUACUCGUACCAGCCCAGCUCUGCGGAGAUGGACCGGGCUGGUCAUCCAUACUUGGACGACCAGCCUGGUGGAGAUGCGAUGCGGCAUGACGAGCCUGAUGCAUGGCUCCGUAGUGGUUUCUCACUACGCACAGAGCCUCCGCUCCCACCCAAUGCGCUGCAGAAUGUCAUGAAUGCGCAGAACCAACUACGAAGCGCGUCAGGCUCCUCGUCUGCGCCCUCGAGCUCGUACGAAGACAUGGAGCCUGGCCAGCCAGCGUGGGCGAUGCCCGCUGAAGUGCCACUGUUGCCUCACGGUGUGUCGUCCCGUCAUUUGGACGACGACGAGGACGAAGAGCAGACGUCCCCUGCGAUGGAGCUACGUCGCUUGCCACCUCUUGCCUCGCCGGCCACGUCGCAGAUCACACGCCCCCAUGGCCGCACGAUGCCCCCGAUGCCCGCAGACGCGGCCCUGCACAUUGCCAUGGCCAAAGAGCGCGCAGCCCGAGGCAUGGAGAAAGCUAUAUGCAAGCCCAGCCCCAGCUUCUACCGCGCUGACUCGCCCUCGCGCGUGCCCAGUGGGCCGACGUUGCUGCGUGAUCUUACGACGCCCAUGUCGGACGCCCCGUCGGAAUCGACGGCGCUCGCGCCUGAGACGCCGUCGACGGUGGACGACGAAAUUGAUCAAUUGCCCUCCGUAUUUGAGCGCCCACCGACCCCGCACUCGGUCAUCCGUCGGUCGCGCGCGCCUGUGCCACAUACGCCGAGUCCGCACACGUCUGCAGCCGUAGCCGCGGCGAACAUGUCGAUGCCCGAGCACCAUGUCCCGACGUACCCAAAACACCGCCCACCGCUGCGUCGUACAGUGUCUACGGUAACCAUUGUACGGAAGACGACAUCACGGCCUACACGGCCCGAGACGCCCAGCUCCGCUACUACCUCGCCGGCGAAGAAGGCGGGGAAGAAAGCCUCGCCUACGCAGGACGUAGAGAAGGAGACGCGGCGCUUGAGUUUGACGGACUGGACAGCCGUUCUGGAUUCGUUCGACUCGUUUGAGCCCAGUACACUGGACUUGCUGGGCGAUACCUCGGCACAGUCGCGGCGCGAUACCGUCACUGCCUCCGCGCAGUUUGUGCGUCAGAUGGAACGGCUGCAAACGCAGGACGAGUCGCAGGACACAGUGCUGGUCCAUGACGACUCGGCCUCGAGUGAAUCGGUGUUUGAGGCGCCGCUGCGUGAGCUCCCGGUGCCACGUCAGCCGGAGCAUACGCAGAUCCGUGUCGUGGGCCACAGUUUGGACGUGAGUACGCCGUCGCCGUCCAAGACGCGUGCCGUGUCUACGCCAGCAGCGGCUGUCCCUCCCGCGUCGUCCAUGGCCCUCUCGCAGGCUGUUCGCUCGCCGCCAGCCGCGCAGGCCCCGCAAGAACCUGAGGCCACGACGCCGUGGGUGCCGCCUGCCGUGCAAGACAAACGACGUCCUGUCCCCCCCGACUCGCCUACGCCGCCGUCCGGUGCCAACAUUGAGCCGACCUACCCACGCGCAUGGGAGACGAGCACGUCGGAAUGGGCCGCCGUGAAGCCAGCGCCGCCCAUCACAGCGCCGCCGGUCGCGCCAGUCGCGCCGGCCGCGCCGGCCGUGCCAGCGACCACAUCUACGUCCGACGUGCCAGUACCGACGACAAAGUCGGAGGCGACAGGCCUUGCCAUGGCAUCGGACGCGUCCUCCCCCGCCGCCCCAUCCACCGCCGACGUGCCUGCGCAGACGGACCACGCCGAUCCGUACGCCUCUGCAUACGCGCCUGCCGACGUCGCCAAUACACACACGCGAGCGCUCUCUCCUGUCCAGUCGGUGGCCGAGUCGGAAGCGCCGCCGCCGCCAUCCAAGGACUCGGUAUGGCAGCACACGGCGUUCUGGCGAUCAAAUGCGCCUCGCGUGCCUUCGUACUUGCGUGAGCUGGAAGAGAAGCCGGCGGAUGCGGCGCCAGUGACAUCGCAGCCGGUAGCAGAGGCAACGCAGCCUACCGCUCCUGCGACGUCCACACCAGAUACGUCGGGUGUAUGGGCAGAGCGAAUGAAAGCCCCGAUGUCGCCCUCGCUGGGAUGGGGCGGCUCGCCGACGCCUCCGUCGUCGUUUGUCCGAGCACAGGCAUGGUCCAUGGCACAUGGCCGCAAAGUCGUAUUGGCACCCGCGGAGCCCAAGGAGUGGGCGGCCGAGACGCCCACGAGCUCGGCCUCGACGGCGGGGCCAAGGGCUGCUACGGCCGCUGUGGCUACGACAGCGGCAGACAGGUACGAAGAGGCUGCCCUCGAUGCGUCUACGAUGCCUACGUCCUCGCCGAAGCCUGACGCAGAACAGCGUGAAGAUACCGCUGCAGCGCCUACAAAUGACGUCCUGCCGCCCGAGAUCACCGCGUCCGCGCCUUCCACGAUGCCCAGCACGCCAGCAGAGACCUCAUCGACGUUCAGCCGCCCAGCGGUGGAGACGCAGGCGCCGGCACCGGCACCGGCACGGCCGCCGGUGAUGCCUCACCGGAUGCCGCCGCCCAAGCCGCCGACGUGGAUCCCGCCGACGGGUAUCGAAGGGCCAUGGUCGGUGUUUGCGCCGCCAGUAGAGUUCCCGCGCCUCCCUAUCCCGCCGCCGCUCGCCCCGGGGCCUGCGCUGGUGCGAGAGGUGCCUACCCCUGAGCCGCCCAGCACCGGCAGCGUGGUGCGGCAGGAGAAGCCCCAGGAGGAGUCUGGGCGUAUGAGCCGCCCUGACUCGAAUCCGUUCCGUCUGAGUAUGGCGAGCAGUCAUCGCUCCCGUCCCUCGUCGGCGCUCAGCGACUCGACGCAGGGCGGACGUACAGCGGUGCAGACGGCCGUGCCACAGCUGCCACCACGUCCCGCCGCGGCUGGCACGCCGGACAUCUCCAUGGUGGCACGUGGCCAUCAUGAUCCCUUGGAGGCGUCGAUGCAGAGCGAGCAGCCGCCCGUGCCGCCUGUCGUGACCGAGAGCGUGCCGCCGCCGGCAGAGGCGGCGCCCAUGGCCCCAGCACCUGCUUCGCCACCUCGUAUGGCCACAGAGAGUGCCAAGCCGCCGCCCACGCCGCCCAAGCCGCCACGUACGUCGCAGGCCCGUACGCCAAGCAUGCCGCUGACCGCGGCUGCCCCGGCCUCGCCCCGUAUCCAGCAGCAGCCUGGGCAACUAAGUCCGGCGCUCACGCACUUGCCCACCUCGCCGCUAUUGCAAAUGCUCGGCUCGCCGACGACGAUGGCCUCGCCCACGCCUGGCGCACUGGAGCAGUCGCCCACGAUGCGAUACGAGCAGGCGCCCAGCUCGCCCACGGCGAUGCUGGGAGAGCAGGUGCCUGCUCGUAUGCUCACGACCAACGCCCCCGCGUCGCCGGCCUGGGAAGGCCAGGAGCGGGAGACAGAGUGGGUCGCGAACAAGAUUGGCGCUGCGGCGCUGCUCACAGGCUCGCCCACGACGGCCAAUGCCUUCACGCCGGAGAUGGACCAAUCGUCGUGGCAUGCGCCGGGAACGGCGAGGGACCCUGUGCCUGUGCCGCCUGUGCCCAGUACGGUGCCGACGUCGCCUGUGGUGCCACACGUGGAGGAAACGCGGCCUUCAGAGGGAGCGACGCCAUCGCGGCCGGAGCCGCCGGCACCUACAGAGAUUCGUGUCCCUGGCGCGUACGUCCCCAGCGCCUCGACGCACCGCUCGCCAACAGCGCCGUCCGCGGCGACGAUGCCGCCAGCGGCCGUGGACGAUCUGAGUAGGAGCGAGACUCCCUCAACGCAUGCCAUGGGCCCAACUAGUCACGCACGUCCACGCACAGCGCGUGACUACCCAGGCAUGCAGCCACAGCACAGUAUGAUCCCGCCGUUUGAGCUGCAGAACCGAUCGCUGACGCUGCCGGCGAACGCGGAUCCACGUCGUCCUGGUGGAGGUGUGUGUUUGGAAUGCAUGAUGCGGGAUGAGGAUAUGAUAGAUGUGACUGUGACAGACACCGCGGUGUGGGAACGCCAGAGUGACGCGGACUUCCAGGAGGCACUGCGCAUUGAGCAGGCCUUCUGCUCGCCCGACGACGAGCACAACGACGCCGCCGCGACGCUGUCCCUUGUGCAUCCCCGCACGGGCCGGCCCCUGACCUUUGUACCUGUCCGCCACAUUCGUCAUGGCGAUCCGCUCUCGGCAGCCCAUUUGCAAGAGUUUACCGCGGCUAACCGCCUGACAAGUGCCGCCAAGGCCCGGAGUAUUCAGCUGUUUGUCCUGCAGCAACGCCGCAUACUCGGCCUCGAUACCGAUGGCCAGCGGUCGGCCCUCGCAGCCUUGUCGCCACCUCCCACAGGGCUGACAAGUCCCAUGGCCCCUGCUACCUCGACCACAGCUGCAACGGUCGCCCCCACCGUCGCCGCAACAGAAGGUGCGCCGGUAAGUCCCAUGGGCGCCUCAGUGCCCAUACCGAUGUACGCGGCUGGCUCGGCAGGUUCGAGCGGAGCGCCCAUGCGCCCCCGCACGCCUACGGGAGGCCAGGCACGCGCAGGUCCCAGCGCGGUACGCAGUCCUGAGCGCGCACGAACGCCACGAGCUCGUACGGACAACCCACGCAAAUCGAACGAGACGCCACGACGCGCGCGAACACCAGGUACGAACUCCGCACGAGGCACCGUCCCCGGCACGCCCGAGCGAAGCUUGACGCAUGGCACGCCCACACGCUCGCCACGACGCCGGGCUGACGGUACCACGACACCCUCGCGACGAGGCGAUUCACGGCCGAGCACCGUGGAAGACUCACCACAUCGCGACGGUCCACGGGUACGCCGCUCGGCCGCCGGCUCGCCCACGUCGCCAACGCGCCGCGGCGAACCGGCUACACCCCGCCGGGAAGGCGGCGCGACGACGCCACGCUCCGUGCGUGAUACACCGACGUCGCAGCGUCGCGUUCGUACGCCCGGGCGCGCUGCACGCAAAGCGUCGGAAGAACUGCAUGCCGCAGCGAACGCUUCCGUCCCAUCGAAUCACGCGGCGACCACGUCUGCGCCGGCCCUCUCGCCGAUCGCCUCGGCGUCGGCGUCGCCCGUGACAGCAGCUGCGCCUCAAACGAUGGACAGUGGACCGAUGCUCCAAGCAGGCAUGCAUGAGACGCAGACGCCUGGCAGUGCGACAAGGAUCACAUCGCCCAGCAUCCCACCGCCGGAGCCUGUACCAGUGCCAGAAGCUGUUACCUCGCCGGGCCAUGCGGCCACAACAGCCCGGCCUAGUGCCAUGGCCACCCUCGUGGCGCCGACCAAGCUGUCUACCGCAGGGGGGCGGCACGCGCCCGCCACCGCAGGCGAUACCACGUGGGACACGUCCAUGCAAGGCAGUGCGUUCUCGAUGGAUGAUAGCAUGGACGACAACCUGAAACGCACGGCCUCGUCGCCCUUGCAUCAGCAGCACAAUGCUCCGCAUCCUUCGCAUGGCCAGCCCUUGCGUGGCUUCUUCCGGAAAAUUGCAGGCCGGUCCGCGACGGACGACGUGGAGAGUGCACGUCUUCGUAAAUCCAAGAAUGCCGGUGGGGGGGGACAAGGAAGUCCAGACACGUCGCUGAUGGAGGACGACGAGCAGAAAUCGUUUUGGAAACGAAUCUCACGUUCGCCUAAAUCUGCUUCGUUGCACAAGUCAGGCCGACACGUCUCGAGCUCCAAGAUGCGGCCACCCCCUCCUGUCCCCCCGCUGCCGAGCGAUGCAGCAGCGCCCGUGCCCGAAUCCCCGCCCAGAUAA